AUAGCCUCUUCACUGCUGCUAUAUCCAUUGAAUAAAAGUAUCAACAACAGCAGUAUUUGUGAACAUGAAUAUCCAAUCAUAGACAAAAAAGGUUUUUGAUGUUAAAAUUGAUUGUUGCUCUGGUGGUAAUUUCAAAUUUUCAAUUUAUGGCUUUAGCACCUAGUCCUCGCCAAACUUACAUUCCUCUACCGUCCUCCAAUUCAGGUAGGCGGCAUGUCGAUCAUGAAGUAGUUCUAAAACCAGUACCCAUUUUUAUCGUCACCCAUGAAUCUCAACUUCCAGCAACAUUUCUCAACCCUUCCCCAAAAAAUGAGUUGGUUGUUGGACUUGAUUGCGAGGGUGUUGACCUCUGUCGAUAUGGAACUCUCUGCAUUGUGCAGCUUGCUUUUCCGGAUGCUAUUUACCUAGUUGAUGCAAUUCGUGGUGGGAAAAAGUUGAUUAAUGCCUGUAAGCCUGCUCUUGAGUCUAUGUAUGUCACAAAAGUUAUUCACGACUGCAAACGGGAUAGUGAGGCAUUAUACUAUCAGUUUGAUAUCAAGUUGCACAAUGUUAUGGAUACCCAGAUAGCAUAUUAUCUGAUAGAGGAACAGCUGGGGAAGAAGAGGGCACCAGAUGACCAUAUCUCUUUUGUGCGCCUUCUUGCAGAUCCACGCUAUUGUGGUAUAUCAUAUGUCGAGAAAAAAGAAGUCCGUUCCCUUCUGAGGGAGGAUCCUCAGUUUUGGACUUACAGACCAUUAUCUGAGCUGAUGGUCCGUGCGGCUGCUGAUGAUGUUCGCUUUCUUCCAUACAUAUUCCAUAAGAUGAUGGAGAAAUUGAGUGAACAAUCAUUGUGGAGACUUGCAGUUCGUGGUUCACUUUGUUCUCGGUGCUUCUGCAUAAGUGACAAUGGAUAUGCGGAUUGGCCAGCAAUCCCUUCCAUUCCAGAGUUCCUCAAUGUGGAAAGAGAUACUUUGGAAGAGGAGAUUCUGUCAGUACUUGAUGUGCCAGCCAGGAAAAUGGGAUGCGUUAUUGGUAGAAAAGGGUCCUCGAUUUUGUCAAUCAAAGAAUCAUGCAAGGCAGAAAUCCUAAUCGGUGGAUCAAAGGGGACGCCAGACAAGGUUUUCAUCAUCGGACCCCUGAAGCAGGUAAGGAAAGCAGAAGCAAUAUUGAGGGGCAGGAUGUUGUGAGAUACUUUUGACCCUUUUGCUGCACCUGGAGGAUGUUUUGAGAUACUUUUGACCCUUUGCUGCACCUAGAAGCCAAAGUUUUGCAUUUAUAUUACUCGAUUGUCACGCUAAACAAACUUGAGUGAGACACAUCUCACUUCUUUUGCUAAUAGAUGAAUUCAUCUCACGUUGGAUGGGGUGCUAAAUGAAUGCAUA